UCAUGAUACAUAUUGUACUGGCAAGCUGACCAACCUCAUAAAUACCACACCUAAAUUUACUCUCGUCUCUCUAAUAGUAAACACAAUAGACUGUCUCCCUGGCCAACAUGGAGGCCGAUCAUAUAGAUAAGCUCCUCGAGCGCUAUCUUCACCUGCUUCACGAGUACACGGCCCUAAGAGACCAGCUCAGCAGUCUGCAAACAGGCAUAUACCAAAACAUCGCCCGCGCAAACUUCGCCGCGGAGCGCGGUUUGCGUUUCGGCCAAGACCACUAUGACGAACGCAUGCAGGCCAGCAGGAGAGUAGCAAUUACUCCCGAAGAUGACGGCCAAGAAUCUUCGGUUCCUAUAUUCACCAUCACGUCGGAAUCUAAGGACCCGGAGAAAGAAGCAGCUGUUGACGACGACGCCCGGAAUGUAGCUGAAGAGGGAGAGAAGAAGGAGGCGGAUGCGUCUUCCGCAAAGAUGCGGCGAAGGGACCCGCUGAGAUGGUUCGGGCUACUUACGCCAAUGGCCUUACGGCAAGCCCAGGCGCAGAGCAUCGAGGCGGUCGAGCAGGUCAUCCCGAAACUCGUCUCCGUCAACGCCGAGAUGGCUCAGGUGGAGAUAGAGGUCCGCCGAGCUCGCAAGAAGCGUGCCAAAGCCGAGGCCGCCGCCGCUAAGAAGGAGCAGGAGGUCGGUGUUGGUACGGAGGUUGCGGCAUGAUCUUGGUAACGUACGGUAAUGCAGUAAUCUACCUAGGUAUAUAACUCGUCUCACAGCUAAUCGUGAUAUAAGAAUCUACGUAGUACAUUCAAUAGUUCAAUUAGCUUCUUAAACUA